GGAUUUAGCGGGCUGAGUGCCUGGCAACCCGCUGAACACAAUAGACGAGGCUCCCUUCUGGAGCAGAUGUGAGAGAAGACGGUGUUUGAUUGGCCGGUAAAAUUCAAGAUUUACGGGACUAUAAUCAUGUGUUUUCGGCUUUUAGAAAUGAAGAGUGUCUUUAUUCGGAAGGGAACACAUUUGUUUGUGAAGACUGUUGGCCUGACACCUGUCUGAAGAACAUCAGGAGUUGGGAUUUUGGCUUCUGGUGAAUGAAAAGGUGCUGAUAAAUCAAGAUAUCAACUGAUCACUCCAUGGGGCUGUUCAGGGAGUCAUCUACCUGUGCUGACCACCUUCUUCUCCUCCGCUCUUCCUUUUUCACACUCCAGAAAAUUAUGACUCAUUACUUAGCCAGAAAUGGCCAUUUAUGGAUUUGUACUAGCCACAGCAAGUGGUAAACCUCUCACUAAUAACAUAUGGAGCAGCCUGAUGUCCAUAUUAUCAGAAAACGUGACAAAUUUUCAUGGACAUUUUUAAGCAGAGACAAGAAGGUGGAGUUUCUCUGUUUGGGAUCAAAAUAAAGCUCCAUUCCUGGUCCGAUUAAAUUACCUUCUUCACCUGACUUUAUGCUGGUCAACAUGGUGCCCAAGAAAGACUCCGAGGCCGUACAAAUGCUGCGUGUGGAUGUAGAGCGUGUCAAGUCUUCAGAUGGCAGAAUAAAUGGCGAUAAGAAAAUGGAGGUUUCUGAAAAAUCAGCCAGUGAGGAUUCUGUGGAUCACAUUCCCAAACGCCUGUGGGUUAUGCACGGAGCUGUCAUGUUUGGUCGUGAGUUCUGCUAUGCCAUGGAAACAGCUCUGGUCACACCUGUGCUACUACAGAUAGGUCUUCCAGAGCAGUACUACAGUCUGACGUGGUUCCUCAGCCCCAUUUUGGGUUUAAUCUUCACACCUCUGAUCGGCUCAGCCAGUGACCGCUGUACCCUCAGAUGGGGUCGGAGAAGGCCCUUCAUUCUGGCUCUGUGUAUAGGAUUACUGCUUGGUUUAGCUCUCUUUCUCAACGGCUCUCUGAUGGGUCUGACUGCAGGGGAUGUUCCUGGUGACCAACCCAUUGGGAUCAUUCUGACAGUUGUAGGUGUAGUGGUGCUGGACUUCUGUGCUGAUGCUUUAGACGGACCAAUCAGAGCCUACCUGCUGGACAUCGCUGAUGGCGAAGAGCAAGACAUGGCCCUGAAUAUUCAUGCCUUCUCUGCAGGUUUGGGUGGAGCUUUGGGUUACAUGCUUGGAGGUUUGGACUGGACAAAUACUUUCUUGGGACAUGCCUUCAAAGCCCAAGAGCAAGUGCUGUUCUUCUUUGCUGCCAUCAUAUUUAUAAUUUCUGUGGUGCUUCACCUUUUUAGCAUCAAGGAGCGAUCAUACAAUGCUCAUCACCAGGUGAUAUCUGAGACUGAGGAAGCAGACAGCUCCUCAUCCAUUCAGCUUAACGAGAUCCUUUCUAGGACUCACCAAGUGCCAGAACUGGACCUUAUUAUUGAAGAGGAUCCUUAUGAAGUUUAUGAAGACAAUCAAUCUGAGACAGAGGUCCAGAAGAACUUCCUGAAUGUAAUGAGAAGUAAAAGUGACUCGGUUCUUGCUGUACCAGACACUCCCAUUGAGCUUGAUCCAGAUUUGAACCUUGAUAGUCACUUUUUCCACAACGUAGUGCCCGCUUUAUUCCAAGAUUUCAACACUGAAAUGCCAUUUGAAUAUUGCCAAAACAGCAGCUGUCAGGCUGAUCAGUGCUCUAACCUCCCACUCCAGGCAGAUCCUGCAAGGAACAGUGAGCACCCUAAUGCUACCAAAGUUAUCAAUGGUGACCUUGCUGGGGACGCCAAACCAAAAUGUGAGAUGCACCAUCAAAAUAAAGCUGGUGUUCGUCACUCCAAUGCGACAGUCCGCUGUCGGCACCCUUCCUUCUACCGGCAACCUUCCUUUACCUUCUCUUACUAUGGCCGGGUGCGCUUCCAUCGGCCUCGUCGCCUCAUCAAUUCAGCUCGCCCAAUCAAGUCAUCGCGAAGCCUGAACGACAUUGACAGGAUAACAAGCCUUCGGGAGCAUCGAAGGCCACAGAAAAGAGGUAGUACAUCGACUGUAACGGAUGAAGAAGAUGACAGUGAGAGUGAAGAAGGAGAAGGAAGUGGCACUACUGUGAAGCUGCUUUGGUUGUCCAUGUUGAAAAUGCCUCCACAGCUCUGGCGCCUGUGUGUGUGCCAUCUUGUCACUUGGCUCUCCAUUAUCUCCCAGGCUGUUUUCUAUACUGACUUCAUGGGACAGGUCAUCUACGAAGGAGACCCAAUGGCUGCUGCAAACUCGACUGCACUUCAAAACUACCAUAAGGGAGUACAGAUGGGCUGUUGGGGGCUAGUUAUCUAUGCUGCCACUUCUGCCAUCUGCUCAGCUGUGCUUCAGAAGUACCUUGACAACUAUGACCUGAGCAUUAGAGUCAUCUACAUUCUGGGAACUCUAGGCUACGCUGUGGGCACGGCUGUGAUGUCCAUCUUCCCCAACGUCUAUGUCGCCAUGAUAAUGAUAAGCAGCAUGGGAUUCAUUUCGAUGAGUAUAUCGUACUGUCCUUAUGCUCUGCUGGGCCAGUACCAUGAGAUCAAAGAGUACAUCCGCCACAGUCCAGGUAACUCUCGCCGAGGCUUCGGUAUCGAUUGUGCCAUUCUGACAUGUCAGGUUUACAUUUCUCAGAUUUUGGUGGCAUCAGCUCUCGGUGCAGUUGUGGAAGCCGUAGGCUCGGUGAGAGUCAUCCCGAUGGUGGCUUCAGGAGGCUCCUUCAUCGGAUUUCUUACUGCUGCGUUCCUUGUGAUUUACCCUGACACAUCUGAGGAUGACGAUGACGAAAAUGAAAAAGCCCCAAGUACAACCUGAGCCUGUUGAUGAUUAACAGACCAGGGUUGUGUUCAUUAUGUGAAAUGCUGACGCUAAGGAGAUUCACCUGAGCAAUAGAGGCUGAAUCGUAAAAGUCACUUUUUCACUGUGAAUAGUUGAGAAAUUAAGUAUACUACAAAAUCUAAUUACAAAUCCCAGAUUGCACUGCUCCAGAAUGCUCACAAUGUGCAUGAGGAGUGUAACCCUUUCAAUCAUGACGAUAUCCAGGCAUCAUAUAGCACAUACACAAGCAGAAUGUGUGUUUAAAAAAAAAAAAAGGUACAGAAACCAGCUGUGUUACUCCUGGCAUUGUGCUGCAAAAAAAGUAUUUAUUUUUUAUCCGAAUGGUACAAAAUAUUUCCAUUUUCUCUUGGAUAACAGUAUUAUCCAGAAGACGUUCACAUAAGCUUCACAUAGAAUUUACCAGUUUUACAUCACUUCAGUUAAAAUGUUUUCUACUGCCAUGAUGAUGGUCAUGGUUUAACAGGGAGAUGGAUUUCUCUUAUUCCACACAGUCCUGCAAGAGUUCCUUUUGCAACAGUUUAAGCAGGCUUGAAUUUAGUGAUUUACUAAGUUUGCACUGUAUCAUCUUACUACAGCGUUUGCACAUUCAUAUUUCAUUUGUUUUACCAAUAUGCUGGAUUACCGUUAGUGCUUGAAACAGAAGCACUCAGGGGAAUAUCUAUACACACACACACACACACACACACACACAUACACACACACAGAAAGUGUGUAUAUAUAAUCAGCUGCUGCAUGACAUGGUUACUUUUAUACAGCCUUAACUAUGCACAAUUGAGUCAACAUAAGGAAUUAUGUUUUUAUACAGAAUCUGAGGUUGGUACUUUUUUUUAGUGCUUUUGGGUACAAUUGUUUAAGUGAAGUUGAAAUCAUGCUCAACUGCUUUUUCCUAUUUUGUUUUAAUAACAUGUCCUGAGAUUAACAUUGAUUUAUUGCAUUUAGCCAUACUUUGUCUGAACAUGAGUGCUGUUUCAGUUGUGUAUGUUGUUUAUAAUCAUUUUAUGCAAUCCAGCUGUUUACCACAGCUGAUGUAAGACCAGUUUUGUUUUUAAUGUUGCUGGGAGACCUUUUUUUUUUUCUUGUCAGGUAUUCAAUUCUACGAGCAGGACUUGAAUUUUGAUUAUUUCAGUUGAAUUGUUCCAAGACAUUCAUAGCAUUAAUUGUGUUUGACAAAGUAAAGAGUGGAUUCAGCCGACUCUGAAACUUCAUUAUCCUGGUUUUGGAGAUUCAGCACCUAUUUUAUUAUUAUUAUUAUUAUUAUUAUUAUUAUUAUGUUUUGGAAAAUCCUUGUAUUGUACUGCUGUGAAAGUGACUUCUUUGGUAUUGUGUGGACCAAAUAGCCUGUUUUACAGUUUCUGGUGUUUGGAUAAUUUGUACAACAAUUUGGAUACAGAACAAAAUGUAUAUAAACCUGAGGAGUUGUAUGUUUUCUUUUCUUCACCACCACCACCACAACCACCACCACAAGCUCACUGAUCAUUGAGAAGCAUCAUUUCUGAAAACACUUUUGUGGCACAUGUGGAACACUAGGUGGCAUCAGGCCAAAAAUUAAGCUGUGUUUUUCCUGUGUUCCUAUAAAAUAUAUAGUUGCCAAUCAGAAAACAGGAA